CCAGAGAUUAUAAAAAUCAACGCUUCAUUUGCAAAAUGCACACGUGACUCGCAAAAGAUGUAGUUCUUUUGGGUUUAUCCCUUUAGCUGCAUCAAUUAUUACAGUUAUUAUUAUGUAAUAAUUUGAACACGGUAACAUUUUUCUCAGUAAAUAUACUUUUAAUUGGAGCUAUUGAUUGGAUAGAGAAGCUUUUUCUACCUGAAGACUGCUUCAUUCUAGAUUUUGGGUACAUUAAUGUUUUUUUGUCUUCAUUGUGCAGACAAUGAUUAUAGGAAAACCUUUUGUGCUAAUUCAGCUCUUUCUCAAACUAUCUGCAAGUGAACCGGAGAUGAAUAAGGGUAAAACAUGCUGAAACAGAUAAUUGGGACUUGAGGUUAGUCGGGAACCUGAUACCGACCUUUUCAGAACCCUGAGACAGUAACUAGUUACAAAAGCACUCUUAUAUAGAUUUAGAGACUGCUUGGGUGUGUGUAAUAUCUUCAUGAGAGUAGGACUUACAUGCUGCUAACAAGGUUAAGCAGAAAUACAUAAAUCCUCUCUUUCUCUCAAACUUGAAUCGUCACAUUCUGUUACUUCCCUUUUUAAUUAAGACUUGAACUUACAAUGUAAACUAUCAUUGACUGUACAAAUACCUCAUCUGUGACGUCUGACAUGAUGUUGGGGCUAUAUUCAGUCUUCUGUAAAUGAGGCAGUUAAACGCGGGUGCUGUGAUUUUCUUCACAUUCCGUUGACACUUCAUGCCUGCGAUUUCUUCCUCCACAACACAUUUACACUCAUCACUACCUCGCUCACUCCUUUUCUCCUCCUCUCAUCUUUCUUUUUGCCCCUGUCUGUAAUUGGAUUCUAUUUUCAGGCCGCCAUGAGUUUCUGUGUGUCUCCUGUGUUUGUGUCUCGCACCCUGUUUCUUCCCAUCUCUCCUCCAUCGUCACCCUCUGCGCCCAACGUUCUCCACUGGUCUGUCACCAUCUCCUCUGCCCGGCCCGCUCUCCAUCGUUUACCUGUUUCUUACUAACUGGUUUACUUUUACAAGCCAUCCAUUGAACUUUUUUUCAUCCUUUUAUGUGUAGCUGUUAGGUACGGUGAAUAUCACAAGAAAAGCUGCAUGUAAAUUGUGCUGGAUGAGGUAAUGCAAACUGCACGAACUGAUGGGAAUAGCUCUCUCAUGACCUAGUUCUGGUAGUCUGGGUUACACAGCGAUCCAAGAGAGGAAGUUAUAUUUAGUUAGGAGAACAAACUAGAGAAAGAGAGGAUGAGAAGUACUGUAGAGUCUGCAAAACACAAGAGUGAUGUAUAUGUAGGCAGACAAAGAAAUUCUAAUUGCAUUGUGGGCUAGUGGUUUGAGUCAUUUUAGGCAAGGCAAUUAAUCAGUUAAACAGUAUUUAAGAAGGGGAGGAGUGGAAAUUAGGAGACUGGCAGAGGGAGGGAGUCUUGCUGUAGAAGUUGGUUGGCUGUCAGGAUCUCUCUAGAGGUCCUGCAUGUGUUUAAAAGACCAAAAAUACUUAGAGAGAAAUGAGGAGAGGCUGUCAGAGGUGGAAAUGUUGACAGGCGAGUAGAAGAAAUGGGGAUUUCUCGUCGAACCACAAAAGUCUCAACGGCGAGGCCCGGAAGCAGUAAAACCUCGACGCGCACCCCGCGAUGCGGCCGUGCCGCUCAGAGCCGCAACACGCCUGUACGGACGGUCAACAUCCGACCGCUGCCGCUGCGAAGCUCACCUCCAUUCAAACAGCAUGCUCAAGCCACACAUCCACGCAAGGCGCACUCGCGUCCGACGCAGACUCACUGCUCGACUCAGCACCACGAGCAGCACAUGUCGCAUGCCGAUCAUCACUCAGGCUGCACCUUUUACUGCUAUUUUUGCUACUGCUUUUACAGCUGCUGCCUCAUGUUGCUCUCUUUUUCUCUCCUCCUCCUCCUUUCUCCGCCUCCCAACGCUCCCUUCUCCGAUCCCUCCUCCACUUUGACCUCAAAUACCACCACAUCUCCUCCCUCCUCUCCAAUCACACAACUUUCAACUUCCUGUUUGGAUGAACUUUCCUGCUUCUGCCCGGAUGCCAACCUGACUUUGUCUCCAUUUCCUCCCCAAUGCCCUCAACCUCUUUGUCUAAUCUCGGAUGAUUCCUCACCUCUCCUCAUCACCUCCUGCCCUGACCCAACCAUCUCCUCCUGUCGUGGUUCCUCAUACUCCUCUACAACAUCGGACUCCCCCCCACGACCUCACAAACCAAUUCUCUGCCGGCCCUGGCCGUCAACCCGCUCUCUUUCCUCGCUACUCCUCUGCCCUCCCAGCUUUGGCGAUCCAGUCUUAUCCUAUGCCUCCACCCUGGAGCACAUUCCCUCCCGGCCUCGGACGCUGCUGCGGCAGCAGAGUCUGCAGCAGCCCCUCAUCCACCCACCGGGCCCGGGUCUCAGCCACCCGCCUACCACAUCCCAAAGCUUGGGACAGUUGCACACAGGACCUGGACAGCCUGGGGGAGGUGGUGGGGCAGGGAGAGGAGAUGGCGGCAGUAACAGUGGUGAGGGUGGGGGUGCAGGUACACGAGGCAGUGGUCGGGGUGCUCGGGGCAGCUCAGCGGGAGCAGCCUCCUCACGUUAUAGGGGAGGCGGAGCAGGAGGGCGCUCUCGUGGCAAUCCUGGCAGCUGGGAUUACAUGAUGGACCAGAUGAAGAACCGGGGCCUGGAUGUCAAGUCCUUCCUUGAAGGAAAGCUGGUGGUCCUGGCUUUGGCCAUUGGUGUGGCAGAGCAAGAUGACUUUGCCAAUAUCCCUGACCUGCAGGAAACAGCGCAGGCAGCACCACCAGCCAAUCAGGAGCCCCCUCCUGAGAAGAGGGGCAACAAGCCAGCAAACAGCCCCAAGGGUCACCCUCCUGAUGCUGAUGGGCACUCUUCUGUAACUGACCUGGCGAACUCGCUCACUGGAGACAUGGUGAUGUUGUCACCAGGUUCAGAGGAUGAUGACGGUGAAGGGCCCGUCAGUGAAAAACUUGGUCGUAUCCAGUUCAGCAUAGGCUACAGCUUCCAGAACACAACCCUUACCGUCAAAGUUCUCAAGGGCCAGGACCUGCCAGCCAAGGAUUUCUCCGGCACCUCGGACCCUUUUGUCAAAAUCUACCUGCUGCCUGACAAGAAGCACAAGUUGGAAACCAAGGUCAAGAGGAAGAACCUCAACCCCCACUGGAAUGAAACCUUCCUCUUUGAGGGCUUCCCUUACGAGAAGGUGAGAGAACGCACUCUCUACCUCCAGGUGUUGGACUACGACCGCUUCAGCAGGAACGACCCCAUCGGAGAGGUGUCAAUCCCCCUGAACAAGGUGGAACUGGGCCAGCUGAAGACCUUCUGGAAGGAGCUUAAGCCCUGCAGUGAUGGCAGUGGGAGACGAGGCGACCUGCUGGUGUCUCUCUGCUAUAAUCCCACUGUCAACACCAUCACUGUGAACAUCAUCAAAGCACGCCACCUUAAAGCCAUGGAUAUCGGGGGCACCUCGGACCCUUACGUAAAGGUGUGGCUCAUGCACAAGGACAAGCGUGUUGAGAAGAAGAAGACGCCGGUGAUAAAGCGCUGUCUGAAUCCAGUUUUCAACGAGUCCUUCCCCUUUGAUGUCCCUGCCCAUGUGCUGAGGGAGACUACCAUUAUCAUCACCGUCAUGGACAAGGACAGGCUUAGCCGUAACGAUGUUAUUGGCAAGAUCUACCUAUCGUGGAAGAGCGGGCCAGCAGAAGUAAAGCAUUGGAAGGACAUGCUCGCUCGGCCGCGUACUAACGUCGCCCAGUGGCACGCUCUUAAGGCCUGAUCGCACCACCCAGCUUCCUCCAUGGCCACUUCCCGUCUCCUACUUCCCACCCCUCUUUUCUCUCCCCUACUCCCGCUCCCGUCCUUAUGCACAAGACUGACUUGCUGCCAGGCUGCGAAACACGGGUACAAUUAGCCAUCUGCUCUCUUAAACCUUUAAACUCUUCUCCAUUUUCUUUUAGAAUCUCAAUUUCCUCUUCCACUUCUCUCUGAAUUUCUCUCCCCUUGAGCUGUUGUAUGUUUUUUCUGUGUCGCCACUUUGCCAAUAGUCCCCCUGUUUCUGACUGUCUGUAUGUCUGUCUGUCUUUCUGUCCUUAUGCAAUCGGCCCAUGGAGGUCUAAUGAUCUGUUUAUUUGUCGCUGCAGUCCCUGACCAGUUAAACAAGUUGGUAUCUUAGAGAAUCAUAAUAAUUUGAACUCAUUUGAUAUUGUCGUAUAAAUAGUACAGUUAUACAAUAUAAUACAUAAGGCACUGUAUGAACAUACAAGUGGAUGUCAAUAAAUUACAACACCAUUGUAUUGUUAAUUUAGUGAUUCAGCUCAAAAAGUGAAACUCACUGCAUACCAAGUCAGUAAACUAGAGUAUUAUAUAUUUCCAGUCGUUAUGUCUGUUAAUUUCGAUGACUGUGAUGUACAGCUAAUAUGAACCCCAAAUUCAGUUUCUCGUAGAAGUAGGUUAUUACAUAAGACCAAUGAAAAAAAGUAAUACAGCAUUGUGGUGCUACAACAUGUACUGUAUGUACUCAACAAUUGACCGGGGCCACCAGCCUGUGGCUCUGCAGAUGUAUGCGCCAGCCUGCAGUCCAUCCUCAUUGUUGGCUCUGGAGGCUCGACAAUGUUUGAGCUUCAGACCAGGAGAGUUUGCACUUUUGCCAUAUUCUGCUGGAAAAAUAAAAUCUGCACUUCUAUAAACCUCGUCAGCAGAGUGAAACAUGGAGUGCUCUAAAACCUUUUUGGUAAGCCUCUCUCCUGAUGUUGGACUUUAUAAAAUACUUUAGAACAACCUCAACCAGCUUGAAAUCUGUGCCUCUUCCCUUUAUCUCCAGUCUCUGGGACCUUGAUUUACCAAUGAAAAAUAAAAUCUGCUUUUCUAAUGAAGAGAGGACUUUGGACAUGUCGUUUUUAAGAAGUAUUUGUCAGUGUCUUGCAUUCAGCAGUGUCUUAACACAGGGAAGGUAACAGUUGCAGAUUAUAUUCUGGAAAUGACUGUGUGCAGUGACUCUUAACACUCUGACUCCAGCCACAGUCAAUCCCUUGUGAUUCUCACCAAAAAUCAUAAAUGAGCUGGAAUCCUCUCAAGGCUUCAGUUAUCCCUGUUGCCUGUGCCAGAUUUUCUGCCACCCUUUUUCCUUCCACUCAACUUUUCAAUUAGCAGCACACUCUUGUGGUUUGCCACCUUUGUACAGAAUGUCAGUCUCUGUCUGCUGCUAUAUUCAAUUUAUUUGAGAAACAGAAAUGUGGGUUUUCAUUAGUUGUAAUCAGUAAUGAUCAAAAUAAAGAGACAUAAAUGCUCCAAAUAUAUAAUCUUUGUAGUGAAUCUCUAUUAGUUAUUAAUUUUAUUAAUUAAUUAACUUUUCUGUGACAUUAGGAUGCACCUGUACCCAUCUUAUGAAGAUAUAAUUUAACUAUGUAGACUGGCAGGGUUUCACCUAUGAACAAUAGUUAACUAUAUCUUAGCCAUAUUCUGUCACCUGUUUCCCUGUUUCAUUAGUCUUUUCAUUGACCCUACUGUUCUCGUUAUUUGUCUCAAGUGUAUUACAUUUUUCUCUCAUAGCAAACCUUUUCUCCUUUACUCAAGAAUGGUUUAAUGUUCAGCCAAAGUCUUUGAAAGUGAUCGAUAAUCGGUUUGUGAUGAAACAAGCUGAACUCAGGAUGGAUUUGUUCACACUGUUGUCUCUUCUCUUCCUUCUAUUCUCCUCUCUGUACUCUUUUUUCCUCUUCUCUUCCUUCUGGCACAAUAUUAGUGACUUACUUUGCCCCACCACUCCUCUCACAACAACCCUCUUUCUGGAGCCUUCCUUGUCGUCUGUGUGCUGUGGGUGCUGUGCUGUAGCUCCAACAAAAAUAGAGAUUAAAAAAAGCAACUAAACUUUCCAAAGCUGGGAAAAGAGGGGACACAAACUUGUGACAUGGAUUCGUCCCGAUUUUUCCAGAAAGAAAAAAAAAA